GGAGUUGGCCUCUCCGUCCACGGACACUUCCGAGUUGCCACAGAAAAGACGGUUUUUGCAAUGCCAGAAACAGCAAUAGGCCUUUUUCCUGACGUGGGUGGAGGAUAUUUCUUGCCAAGGCUACCGGGAAAGAUUGGCUACUACCUUGCGCUAACAGGAUUUCGGCUGAAAGGAAGAGAUGUGCUAGAAGCUGGCAUCGCGACACAUUUUGUAGAAGCCGAAAGGCUACCUGCCUUAGAGAAAGACCUGAUAGCACUGAAGUCUCCUUCAAGAGAAAACAUUGCAGACUUAUUGAACUCUUACCACGUGAAGAGCAAAGUUGAUCAAGAAAAGAAGUUUGUACUUGAUGAACAUAUGGAGAAAAUUAACAGUCUAUUUUCAGCAAACAGUAUGGAAGAAAUAGUUAAAAAAUUAAAGCAAGAUGGUUCUCCUUUUGCCACUGAGCAGCUAGAGGUAAUGUCUUCUAUGUUAUUUUUGUUAGAGAUUUUAAGUCUUAUCAUGGAGCAGACUUUCAUCACAUUAUUAACAUUACUUAUACUACGUGACACCA